ACUCAAAUAUAAGCGAAUCGUCCGAGAUUCACGAGCAGAUUUACUGAAACGAAACAUGAAACUUCUCUCGUUGUGCUGCCUUGUGGCGAGCUCACUCGCAUUGCAAUUACCGUCCGACUUUCCGAAAUGCAAACUUGGCGAUCCGAAAAUGAACGAGUGUUUGAUGGAGGCAGUUUUUGGAGGCAUCCGAGUCAUGGAGAAAGGCAUGCCCGAGUUUCAGCUCGAAUCGAUCCAACCUAUCACAGUGCCCAGCAUGUCGAUUGGAGGUGGUACGGGAGCAGUGCAAGUGGUCCAGCGCUACAAAAAUUUCCAAAUCUUCAAUGUAGCGAAGGGAAGAACGGAAUCCGUUGACUCCUCCAUCACCGACAGGGAGUUUAAAUUGAGCAUGGUUAUGCAUUUGGAAGACGUGGACAUUGUGUCACAGUAUAAACUCAACGGAAGCGUACUCCUCCUCCCCAUUUUCGGAGAAGGCGAAGUCAAAAUCACGAUGACAAACACCAAAGUGCCAUUCGAACUAAUCGGCGAAGUCGCCGAGAAGAAAGGAACCAAGUACGCGGACAUUUCCAGCGUUAAAAUGGAUUUAAAUCCGGCGAAAGUGGUAUUCGACUUCAAAAACCUAUUUAAGGGCGAUCCGCGGCUUGGUCCCGAAAUGAAUAAUAUACUGAACGAGAAUUGGAAGGAGAUCUUCAACGACGUAAAGCAUGGAUACAACGAGGCAUUGAGCGCCGUUGCAAAAAAUAUAGCCAAUCAGAUAUUCAGAAAAGUUCCUUACGAUGACCUAUUUCUCUAAUGACCCUGUAUAAUUUUGCUUCGUUGCUCACCUAAUAAAGUGUAGUGCAUUAGAUUA